UCGUCGAAGGGUUAAAAUUAUUAAUUUUUUUAGAUGCUCAGCGUUGUAGUGAGAGAUUUAGGAAAGAUAUGCUACAGAUCAGCGUUGAAUAUACAGAUGGAACUAGUUACUAAAUAUAGUAACAGAGAGACCAGUAAUGAUGGGAUGAUAGGUGAACUGUUGAUAUGCCAACACGACCCUCCUGUGUAUACACUGGGACUGAGGGAGAAACUGUCAAUAGAAAAUGAAAAUAAAUUGAGAGAUUUAGGAGCUGAUGUUGUCAAAAUCAGAAGAGGCGGUUUGAUUACUGUCCAUUCGGUAGGACAGCUGGUCUGUUAUCCGGUAAUUAACUUACACAAAAUAAACGUAGGUGUUAGAAAUUACGUUAAAGGAUUAGAGGCCUCUGUAGUAAGGACUUGUACUGAGUUUGGAUUAAAUGCAAUUACUAAUGAACAUGUGGGCGUAUGGGUGGGAGGAGCUAAAGUAUGCGCUAUAGGUAUUCAGGUUAGUAGGAGCGUGUCAUUUCAUGGUUUGGCAUUGAAUGUAUGCAACGAGUUGUCUUGGUAUGAACACAUUGUGCCUUGUGGUCUUAAAGACAAAGAAGUCACAACAAUGGAGAAAAUAUUAAACAGAAACAUUGUUGUCCAAGAUGUAUCUCCAGUAUUAAUUAAACAUUUAACGAAUCAAUUCAAUUUAUCAUUAAAAUAAAACUAUUCUCUCUCUGUCUUUUCUUUGCAUUUCAUAUACAUAUUGAUAUUUUCAUUAGAUUUCAUUAAAAGAUCAGUUAAGUGAGCCUCAGCCACUCUAAGUCUA